CCUCACAUGCCAGUACAGUAGGUGGCGGUAUACGCGAACUGACAACCAAAUCCUAAAGAAAAAGAACAGACGUAAACAAAGAGCACAUAUUCAUUCAAACGAGAGCAGGUCCACUGACGGUUCAACCACAGCGUCAGAAAUGAACGGUCAAGCCGAUAUGGAGGUGGACUACAAGCAGAAAUACAAAAAUCUCAAACGCAAAUUGAAAUUCCUGGUUUAUGAGCAGGAGUGUUUUCAGGAAGAGCUCAGAAGAUCCCAGAGGAAGCUGCUCAAAGUGUCCCGAGAUAAAAGUUUUCUGUUGGACCGAUUGUUACAAUACGAGAGGGUGGACGAGGACUCCUCAGAUUCUGAUGCCACAGCCUCUUCUGAGAACAGUGAAGGAGAGGGCACCAGGGAGAGAGACGGAGGAAAGAAGAGAAGGAGUAGCCCUGGCGUAGGCCUUCCCUCGUCCUCAUCCUCCCAUCUCUCUCUCCUCUCUCGUUCUGGGGUGAACCCUCUCCAGUCGUCGGGCAGUACCCCCUACCUCAACACAUUGCCCUUCCCACCAGAGUAUUUGGCUCCACCAGCUGAGAGAAUGAAGAAAGAGAGAAAGACAAAGGCGCCCAAACACAAGAAAGAGACAUCGGGGAAGGUGGUGGCCCCUCUAGCAGCCAACUACCCAGCGGGCCCGACUGCCCCUCCCACAUCCAGCGCCUCGUUCAACUGGGUGCCCAGGCAGAUGCUGAGUGGAGACGCGGCGGAGGAGGAGGGAGAGAGCGACGGAGACUCAGACAGAGGAGACGAUGACAGGGGGGAAGGAGAAGAGGCUGACCUUGUCAUCGAUAUCCCCAACGAGUGAACUGUGUGUGUGUGUGUGUAAAGGAUUGUUAGUGUGUAAAAGCACAAUGUGAGUGUGUGUGGAUUCAACCCCUCCCACUGUCAAAUGCUUAGCCAAGCUCCCCCCAUUGGACCUUCAGGUUACUACAACAAUAUCUCUCUCUAAACAAUGUGACCUGUCAUAAUAAUGUCACUAAUUGACUCCUUUAAUGUCAUUUUACUGCCUUCUACUGUUAUACAAGUUAUGGAAGAACUGGUAUUGACGGCAUGGACAGCUACAGGACUGCAUACAUGUAGCACCUACCUUUUUAUAGGAAACUGUCAAAUAAUACAUUUUCUGUUGGAGAUAAUGGAGACGUUAUGUUUUCUACCAAUGACUUUUCAAAAUUAAAUUGCAUUAAAGUGGUAACAUUUCA